AUGAAUGACGCGAACGCCAACAAUUCGGGCUCGGUUGACACGACGUCAAGUAUAAACGUUAGCCGCGUAUCGGUCAAAGCACCGCCAUUUUGGAAAGGUGAUCCCAAUAUAUGGUUCGCGCAAAUCGAAGCGCAAUUUGCACUGAGUGGAAUCACAAACGACACAACAAAAUACUACCACGUUAUAAGUGCGGUCGACACAGAGAUUUUAACACAAGUAACAGAUAUUAUUCAAAGACCACCGGAAGCAAAUAAAUACGACACUCUCAAGGCACGAUUAAUUAAUAUUUUCACUGAUAGUGAAGAAAAGAAAUUGAGAAAGCUCCUGAGUGAGGUCGAACUAGGUGACAGAAAACCGUCAACUCUGUUAAAUGAGAUGCAGCGUUUGGGUGGUAGUGCGCUGAGUGCAGAAUUACUUAAAUCGCUUUGGUUACAACAUCUCCCAGUAGCCACGCAGUCUUACCGUCACUAA